AUGCCCACCUCGGCAUCUGCGGUGGAGCCUGCCCUUGGCGGUGGGCCAACUAGGAACCUCGGCGUCACUCCACCCAUCGCCACUAACGGACCUACACCAAGGGAGAUCGAAGUGACCAAGACGCUCGUCGCUGAGCUAGAGAAGCAGGGCGUCUUUGAGAGCGAUGAGGAGAGCAAGGUUCGCGAGGUCAUCUUGGGCAAGCUCGACGCCAUGGUCAAGGACUUUGUCUACCGGGUUUCAAUAGCCAACGGCAUAUCGGAAUCGCUCGCUCGAGCAGCAGGUGGCAAAAUCUUCACGUUCGGUUCCUAUCGCCUCGGUGUGCACGGUCCAGGCUCCGAUAUCGACACGCUCUGCGUCGUCCCCAAACACGUCCAGCGUGAAGAUUUCUUCUCGGUAUUUGAAACCAUGCUCAAGGAGCGCGAGGAGGUCACCGAGGUAGCAGGCGUCCCCACAGCCCACGUUCCUUUGAUUGCGGCCAAGUUCCUGGGUGUAGACAUCGAUUUCACCUUUGCUCGUCUAGCAUCACCCAGGGUCGAGGACAACCUUUCUCUCGAGGACGACAAUCUGCUGCGCAGUCUCGACGAGCGCGAUGUCCGAAGUUUGGGUGGUUCGCGAGUUACGGAUGGCAUUUUGCGGCUGGUGCCCAACAUCCACGUCUUCCGUAUGGCCCUGAGAUGCAUCAAGCUUUGGGCGCAGCGUCGUGCCAUUUACUCGAACGUCAUGGGAUUCCUCGGUGGUGUCGCAUGGGCCAUGUUGACGGCGCGCAUCUGCCAGCUAUAUCCCAACGAAGCCGCGGGUGCUAUCGUCUCGCGCUUCUUCAUCAUCUUCUACCAGUGGAAGUGGCCACAGCCCGUUCUGCUCACCCAGAUUGAGGAUGGCCCGCUCUCGGUGCGCGUCUGGAAUCCCAAGCUCUACCCGGCCGAUCGACUCCACCGCAUGCCCAUCAUCACCCCGGCCUAUCCGGGCAUGUGUGCGACGCACAAUGUGUCACAGUCGACUCAGAUGGUCAUGACCUCCGAGUUCAAGCGCGCUGCCGAGGUGGUCGAUCGUGUUAUCAUCGGUAAGACCGACUGGAACGAGCUGUUUGCCAAGCACGACUUCUUCUUCAAGUACAAGUACUACCUUCAGGUCAUUGCGUCCUCCGGCUCAGCGGAUCUGCAGCUCAAGUGGCACGGAACAGUCGAGUCCAAGAUCCGUCAGCUCGUCAUGAAGCUCGAGCUGGUGCCGACGAUUACGUGCGCCCAUCCGUUCAUCAAGGGGUUCGACCAGGUGUCCGAGUGCUGGAACGACCACGAAGUGCGUCUGGUCGCGACGGGCGAUAUUCCGGACGAGGUGGCGCAGCGCACGCAGAAAGUCACGGCGUUGCCCGAGACUGACGAAGCCAAGCAAGCUGCGGCGGACGAAGCUGCCAAGGUGACAGAGGGAAAGGAAGGACACCGCAUGAUCUACACCACAACGUUCUACAUUGGCCUCAGCAUCGAGCCCAAGCUGGCCGGCGAGGGUCCGCGCAAGCUCGACAUCAGCUACCCCACCGCCGAAUUUACUGGCAAGGUCAAGCAGUGGGAGCAGUACGACGAAAGCUCGAUGGGCAUCGUCGUGCGGCACAUCAAGUGGACGCAGUUACCCGGCUACGUGUUCGAGGGCGGUGAGAACCGCAUCACCGCUGCGGCGGCUGGCAAGGUGAACGGCAAGCGCGCCAAGUCCGGCAAGAAGAAGAGCGGGAAUGGCGCUGGCAAUGCUGCUGCGGAUGGGGCGGAGGUAGCAAGUCAGACGAAUGGCUCUUCGCACGCUGAUUAUGAGACCGUGACGGCGGUAGACAACGGCGAUGCCGAGAUGGCGUCGCCGACGAAGAAACAACGUACUGCGCCUGGCGCGCCUGGCGGUGCUGGCUCAUUAGGCUCCUCGGCUGUGGCACUGGCCGCUAACAGCACGACACCGACGCUCCCGCUGCAACCGGCGACAGCAGCCAAGGAGCUCGAGAACUUCCAACUGGCGACGGGCAAUCAGCCCAUUGCUGCUUCCAUAAACACGGCGGCAAAUCAUUGA